UUUUCAAUAGGCGACAAUAGAAUAAAAGAUGGGCAUCCUUAUGCCCUCUCCUAGGAUCCGCUACUAAUUUUAAUUAGGAAUGUGAAGUUGAUUGUUGAAUAUUGUUCAAUUUGUACUUAGUAUUUACUUAUUACAAUUUUGUGCGUUCCGUCCUGUAUAGGUACAUCAAUUACUAACUUAUUGGAAAAAUGUUUUAGGCGACGCUCGAUUGGUUCCCUAAGAGGUGCCGAACGAGUCCUCUUACACCCCCUCACUCGUAUCCCUGAUUAAUGUGCAUGUAUAUGAAUGCAUAAAUACACGUGUGCAAAUAUAGAACAAUGACCUAGAGAAUAAAAAUCGAGCCGCUCGUCGAUUCAUUGUCGGGUGUUCUCUUUGAUAAACAAGCUGAUCGGUAAGUGCGUGAUUUAUUUAACUAUAAUAAUAAAGUGAGCGAUGAUGAUGAUAAUAAUAACAACAACGGAUGCGGAUAGUGAUGAGACAGCGGCGGUAGGGGAAAGAUGUGGCAUCCGUAAGGGUGUGGCGGCUAAGUCAACGAAAACAUUAUCAUAGCUCCACUACGGUGGCGGUGCAGCGGCGCGCAGAUAGGUGUGGUUGAACGGCUACCGAACGGUUUUUGUUUGUGGAAAUCCCCACCCGAGUAUCAAUCACUGCAGUGCCCGCACUGUAACCUAUACGGGGCUCACGGGAUACGCCCGCGCCGGAUUGGCGGUAGCCAUGGCGACGAACGGCUAAUCAUGGGCGGAGCGAUACCCCGGGCGACCUUACACGAUGCCGCGCGCGAUACCCCGUAUACUAGUAUCAACCGGUCAACGAUAUUACGAUGAUCUGACGCAAACGAUACCCGGACGAAAAAAUAUAUUAUUAUAUUAUACACACACCCGUGCACGCGGCCGUAUGCGACGCACUUUCGACGUUAUCUCAGCACACGCAUAUGCCAAGUCCAAUCGUCUUGUGAUCUAUAGGAGUACAUUUUAUCAGUGCGUACCGUAUCGUUCCAGUGCCUGCGUUGUGUAAAAAUCGUUUUGUUGAAAAUCUCGCACAGAUACAGCCGACUUCGAACGGUGCAGGUUUUUUCAUUUGACCGUUGCGUUUACAGUGGAAUGUAGUGAUGGCAUUGGGCAUAUCUUCGACGCCGACGGAUUCGUCGGGACGGGGAUCGCCGGUGAGCCCCAUCAGCCCGAUUACGCCGCUACCCACGCGGCUGGCGCCCAUGCCCAUGGUGCCCAAUCCCAUGUUUGGUUUGCCCAUGUUGAACUUUAGCGUUUCACAAGUGGCUAGCGUAUGCGAGACUCUAGAAGAGAGCGGCGACAUCGAACGGCUGGCUAGAUUCUUGUGGUCACUGCCCGUGGCCCAUCCCAACAUCGUCGAACUCAACAAAAACGAAGCCGUCCUUAGAGCGCGGGCCAUCGUGUCGUUCCACAGCGGUAAUUACCGAGACAUGUACACGAUACUGGAACACCACAAAUUCACCAAGGACUCUCACGGCAAACUACAAGCCAUGUGGCUGGAGGCCCAUUAUCAAGAAGCGGAAAAAUUGAGGGGUAGGCCUUUGGGGCCCGUCGACAAAUACCGAGUCCGUAAGAAGUUUCCACUGCCUCGUACCAUUUGGGACGGCGAACAGAAAACGCAUUGUUUUAAGGAGCGCACAAGAAGUUUGCUACGAGAGUGGUACCUUCAAGAUCCAUACCCGAAUCCAACCAAGAAGAAAGAACUCGCUCAAGCCACCGGUCUCACGCCUACUCAAGUAGGAAAUUGGUUUAAAAACCGAAGGCAACGGGAUAGAGCGGCUGCUGCCAAAAACAGAAUGCAACAGCAACAACUAGCCGCCCAGCUGGUACAUUCUGGUGGCCGUCAUCUCAACUUGAGGAGGUCCAUGUCACCGGGAGCUCUGAGCACUACGGAUUCCGAUUCCAGCAUUAGUUUGGGCGCCCCUUCGCCCGGCCCUCCCCCGGCCUUGCAUUCCAUGACGCCUCAGCUUAUGUCGGUGGAUCCGCCACGCAUAGGGCUCACCAAUCCAUCGACUUGCACGUUGCCGCAACCGCUGGCUCUGCACAGACCGUUUACGUGAUACAGCCCGACUCACCCGCCCAUCAGCGGUUGGUGAUGUCCGUCAUAAAAAAAUGCCACGAAGAAGAAAACUUUUGAAAAUAUUUUCACGUGUUUAUUUGUUUGUUUGAAAUCGGCCAAGUCAAACUGAAAAAGUCGUCUCGCUUAAAAAUUUAUGUGAUACUGUUGCGUGGAAUACCGCGAGUUACACUUCUUAUGAAUUUAUUCGAAAAACAUACAAUGUGGUCUGUUUUUUUAAUCUAUCCAUUGAUUUGAUAUUUAUUCGUACUUAUAAGGUGUUUUAAGUGUAUUUUUGUCUAGUAAUUUCGAUCGAGAACGGUAUGUACAUGACAAUGCAUUAUACUGAAGGCUCACGAUUAUUUAGUAUAAUUAAUAGUGAAAAUAUACUUAUCGAUUGUACUCAUUGAUAUAAUUACUGUUGUUGUUUAUCUAGAGAUGAAAUGUUUUAGAUAAUAUUACUACCCACCUAUUUUAUAUUAUUCAACGCCUGUACCUCGACGCUAUAUGAUUAUUAUUGUAUUAUAAAUAGUUUACAUAGGUUAUAAUUUUGUAAAUAUCAAAUAUUGAUUUUAGUAUUUAUGUUUAUAAACGCGGUGCAAUUAACAUUGAUUUAGUGUUGUACAUAUAAUUUCCUUAUCUAUAUUAUAAAUAUAUUUACCUUUAUAUAUAAAAAUGUAUGUACACGUAGUGGUAGCUAAUAAUAUAUAUUUAUUGUGUUUUAAUAAUAAUGAUAUUAUUAUAUUGUGUAAAAAUCGAAAACAUGCAAAAAAUUCUAUAUAUUUUUUCCAUAAUCAUUACGGCUCGCUAUCGAUAUAACUUACAACUGUAUGUAAACUUGAGUAGCAAGUAUAAUUUUUUUCUUGCCGUGUUGUAUAAUGAGCCACGUAGUGUUGUUUUGAAUCUGUUACGACUACUAAUCGAAUUGUUUGUACUGAACAUAACGGAAAUAUAUAUUAUUAUUAAUUGUUUGUUAA